CAUUCAGUGCCUCCUGCAUUGCCGUUGAUGAUGACCUGUUGCCAGCACAUUGUUCUGCUGUCGCCGCCGCCGCCCCGGAUCCUUGUUGCCCGCCCAUCACCUCAAAUACCCAUGGUGAAUGCGGGGAAUCUAUUCUCGGGUGCUUUUCACUGUGCCGCGUUAGCACGAUGGACAUCAACUUUGAGGGGGAACCUCUGCUUGGAUGCAGAGAUGUUGUUUUACCUUGUCGUAGCUGCGUCGAGCCCUCGCCAGCGCUAUCACGUCUUGCGUACACGUGGUGAUGGCGCAUCAUUGUGCCGCAUUAGGCGCUUACGCUUUGCUGCCAGGGGCCUGCGAUGUCAUGCUGCUCUGCGCUCAACUUGGAGUCUGUUCGAAUCACUUUGCGCUCACGCAUGCCGUGAUCCGGAUCAAUGA